AGGAAACAGCUGUAUUUAUAGGUUUCAGUACUAAACUAUAAAUCUAGUCUACAAAAACAUUUAAAAUUGUUUGAUGCUGUUUUAUUACAUUUGAUUUGAUUAUUCGUAUGUAAAUAAUUAACAAAUUAUAGGGUGUAUAUGUAGACUCUGGAUCUAAUCUGACUAUUAUGUAUUAUUCAUCAGAAUUUUAAGCGGUUCAAUGUAGUAAAUUGUAGUAGAUGAGAUCUGUAAACUAUAACUAUAAGACUCCAGUAGACUUAUAAACUCGAAUCGAAUGUAAACAGUCAUGGCGGCCACUGGACAUGUUCAUGACUCUAGUGAAUUUGGUUAAAAGUAAUUUGAAAUUCAACUUGUUGGUCUAUUUGAUGCAGUUAACAAGACUACAUAGUAUUUCAUCGUAAGAAAUAAAACAAAAUGCCUACAACAUUAGACUUGCAAGACAGAACUGUAGACACAAUUAUCGCCAGCAAUUUCAGCACUGGCACAGUCAGCAGUGGCUCUAGACCUAAUAAAUCUAGACAUAGCAGUGAAGUUGUGGUUGAAUUGUCCUCAUCAUCUACCGUCAUAAAUGAAAAGGCCCUUUUAAUUGAGAAUAUGAUUCUUACAGAGCCGGAUGAAGAAAGGAAAAAGAUUAAUGUUCCUAAUCAUUUGCUGGAUACAAAAAUUUAUGCCAAACUUGGUCAGAAUGCCUUUAUUCAAUCAAAGCCAUCAGAGCUUUUAUUUGAAGGUUUUGAAGUUGGCAAAAAACAAACAAGGCAGUUGUUACUACUGAAUUCCUCAUCCGAUGUUUUAAGAUUGCAUAUUAUUCCACCUCAAACUGACAAUUUUUCUAUCAAAUAUAAAAAGCCAGAAAGAAUGGUAGCAGGCAUGAUUUUAAAAUGCAUUGUUGAAUUUAUUCCUGAUGAGUGGAGAUAUUAUUAUGAUUGCAUUAGAAUUCAUUGUCAGGGAGAUGAAAACUUGAUCAUUCCUAUUCAUGGCUAUCCUGUGAUGAACACUAAAGACUUUCCUAGAAAUUAUACAUUUUCUCCAAUUCCUGUUGGCAGCAGCACUUCAAAAACUUUUCCUCUGAAGAGUCUGGCUCCAAUUGACUUUGAGUUUUGUUUUAAAUAUAUCCAACGACAUCCAGCUUUCCAAAUUGAGCCUACGUCAGGAAUAGUUCCUGCCAACAGUGAGACAGAGAUUACCGUCACAUUUGCUCCUCUUGAGUUCCAGACAGCAAUAAUGAAGGUGGAGCUAGUUAUCUCACAGCUAAACUUCAAAGGUCUUAUUUCAACUUUCAUUGGAACAUCACAGCCAGGUCUUCUCAGAGCCAAGACCCUAGCAAGCACAACAAAUGAAGUACUUGAUCCAAAAUGUUUUUCUCCAAUAGAAAGAGCCAGAAGUAUGAAGAAAACAAAGGAUACAAUGAAAAGCUCAAAGAAACCCACGUCUGCUUUAAAUGAGUUUCCAUUAGAAAAAAAUGGGAUACAAUUUCCUCAGAUUAUAGAAUCACCUUAUGCUGUAGCCAAAGUUUUAUUACAGAAACCUGGAAAAUUGAAAGUGAAUGAAAUUAGACAAAAUAUGCAGCAGCAAAGAGAAGGUUCAGUGAUGACACGUCAAAUGAAGGAAGCUUUAUUUGAUCAACUUGUCAGACAAAAUGUUUAUGAAGAAAGACAAAAUCAGCUAAGGUGGCAGGUGAAACUUGGUGACAAACCCAUGACUCUUGCUGAAAAAUUUAAAAUUUUGGAAGAGAGAAGUGCUGCUGAUACAUAUUACAGGACUAAAGUACAAGGCCUACCAAUAGAAAAUGAAGAGUUCCUACGCACUAACACUGUCACAUUGUAUCGUAGAACCUUUCGAGAUGUUGAAAUGGUUGCAGAUACCAUUGCUACAUUUGACAGCUAUUCUAAUGACUUGUGGGAUGCAAGGCACACAAUAUUAGAUAGAUUCAUCCAGGCAGCAAGACGGGUUAUUAUUCGCAAUCGCUGUGAGAAGCGGCUGUGUGGUUUGAGAAUACUUAAACAAAGUUUAUCAGAAGUUGUACAAGGUGAAGGUGAAACUAAAACCACAAAACAAAAUGGCGGCACUGAGCAAGAACUCUUGGGCUUUAAGUUUAAUAAAAUUAAAAAGUUUACAUUUCCCACAUACUUAUCUCCCCAUGUGAAGGACGAUAUGGCUCCAGAUGCCUUGGGUAUUGUUCCAGUUCCUGCCACAGAAAUUGUUGUCAAAAGAGAUGUUCCUUUCUUUAACCUGAAGGUUCCCCUUUACUAUCAACUAUAUGGAUACAAACCACAUAAUGUCCAUGAAGCAGCCAGUGGCUACGUUCCGACUAGAAAUCUUCGCAGACUGAGGACUGGUGCAGAGGUUGAAGAGAUUAGAUUGCCAGUAGAAUCAGACCCUUGUGACAAAUUCAUUGAGGUUAAAGAUGAAAUGAAAGGUCUGGCAUUAGAUGAAAAAUUAGAGAAAAAAUCUGCAGUUGUUUCCCUUGCACCACCAGAGUCUCUGUUUAAACCAAUGGACUAUCCAAGUCUUCACAUCAUGAAUCCAGCUCCUGGUCUUCAAGUAUUCCUUCCCAAUAUUCCAUAUUCAGAAGUAGAUUAUGAUUUUCAUUUAUGUCCAUUGCCCCGCUAUCCAAGAACUGACCGAUCAGUCACUCAAAAAAAGACAUUGGACAGAGAGGAUACAAUAAGAGGCCUCAUGACCUGGAAGAAGUUUCCAUCUCCUGGCCUAUCAACCUUGUCCAACUCUAUCAGUUUGUCCAAUAUUUGGGUGCCGAGAUGGGAUCAGUGCUUUAGCUCAGAUUUGUUGCCCACAGAAUUACCAGCUCUCAUGACUCGACUGGAAUCAGAUGAUGCUGAUAACUGUGUUGAGGAACAUGAUGACAAGACAGGACAAGUUGUUUCCCUUACUCCUGAAAUGGUGGAGGCUCAGUUUGUCUUGAUUGAACCAAAGCUCAAAGAAAGUACUUCAACAGCACAAGAAGAAAUAUUUUCGUUUAACAGUAAACUACCAAGCACAAAUCAACCAGUAGGACAUGAUGGACCUAUCACUAGGGAUCAGUGUGAGAAAGAGUUAAACUUUUACAUGUCACAGAAAUUUGAUAAAUUAAGCUCACAGUUUCGAACAAGACUAGAUUCUAUGAAUGCCUUAUUCACUGAUUCCAGCUACAUCGUUGAGUGACCUACUUGUUUACAUUGCUUGACAAAAUCCAAAAGUAUCGAAAAUUUAUAAAUUUGCUGCUCUACCAUGCACACACCUCUGCUUCAAAUAUGUAUUUUUAAUAAGAAUAAAACCAUUCUUUGUAGAAAGAUGAAAUAUCUUGUGUUGACAUUUCUCUAAUUUCUUAGUGCGAUGUUGAAUGUUUUGUAAACUUUUUAUCCUUUCAAAAAUUAAAAAAUCUGAUUUUAUUUUUAUAGUGGGCUAAAUUUGUAAAUACUUUUACUACCUAUAAAUAAUUUGUUACAAUUAGAUAUGAAUUUUUCUAUGAACUUUAAAAGACUUAGAUUAAAUGAAAUGUUGAGUUCUGAGCUAAGUGCCCGGCAAUGUAGUGAACUCAAGUAUUUUCUUCACUAUAUGUGUAACUGUAUUUUAAGAACAUAUACAGGUAAGUGCUGUACUGAAAACACAAAUAUGAUUUUUAAAUCAUUUCUAAACCAUUACAAUAAAUAAGUGAAAAGCAUUUUGUGUGAAGGUAAAGGAAAAAUGGAGUAUUUUAAGUGGGUAAGCAGAUUCGAAUGUGACCUACAUAUUUUGUAACAUCUCAUGAAGACAAAGUCAUUAUCUGCUCGUGUUCAAAAGUUGUUAUAUGGAUCAGUGCUUGUACAUGAACUCUUUAUGUUUUCAGUUACUUUGAGACUAUUAUAGUUUUUUCUUAACAUUACAUUAUUUGUGGUUCCUACUUUGAAGUAAGCCAUAUUUGUUACCUUACUCUCUUGUGAUGGCAAUUUUAAAGAUGUUAAUUUUUGGUACUAUUUUAAUUAUUUGACUUUACAAAAAGCUGUAAUCCAUUUUAUUUAUAAAUAUAAAAAUGUAAAUCAUAAAAUGGGAAUCAUACAAUAAUGUUUAAAACAAAACAUAUAUUCUAACUAUAAAAGUUUUAUUUUCUCUGUUAUUUAAAAAAAAGGUUCUUGUUUGUUUCUUUGCUUUUGUUUGUUUUUGUUUUUUUAUUUAUUUCUUUUUUUUGAGAGAUGUUUUGUUUCCACACAUAAUUGUCAAAAUAUGUUUGAAAUAUCUCCAUAACUGUGAUACACAUGUUCUAUAUAAGUAUUGUCUUAAAUAAUGUUGUUUUUAUCAACAGUUCACUUAGGCUAUAUCAUGAAAUAAAACUGGCUAUCUUUGGUUUUAUUACAAUUAUGAUUGUACUUCUAUAAUAUUUAUAUUUGGAAAUAAAAUUAUUUUUAAAAAAUCUUA